AAACAAACAAGGAUCAGAAAGAGAUCAGUGUAGAAUAACCGGUAUUUACCAAUCUACGGUAAAAGCACGCGGCGAUUUGACGUCAGUGUGACGCACGAACAACAUGAGUUUAAGCGGGAAGGUGAAGUUACCGACACGAGCGACCCCGUGUGUCCGAUCCGAGUAAAUCUGUCGUGUGUGAGGCUGGCAGGUCAGGUGACCUCUGUGUGACUCCUGCAGGUGUGAAGCGACCCGUCCACCAUGAGCUCGCGGGUGUGCGGCGCCUGCGGGGGGGCGGAUGUGGACGUGGACCAGGCGCGGGGCAGCGCGGUGUGCACCAGCUGUGGCUCGGUUCUGGAGGACAACAUCAUCGUCUCCGAGGUUCAGUUUGUUGAGGGAAGUGGAGGCGUGUCUUCUGCUGUGGGACAGUUCGUCUCUGCUGACGGUCCAGUUAAAGCUCCUCUUCUUGGUUCUGGUUUCCACACCAGUGUUGGUAAAGAGUCCAGAGCCCAGACUCUGCAGAGUGGCAAGCGUCAGAUCCAGCAGCUGGGAAGUCAGCUGCAGUUGAACCAGCACUGUUUGGACACAGCCUUCAACUUCUUCAAGAUGGUGGUCAGUAAACACCUGACUCGAGGACGCAAGAUGGAGCACGUGAUCGCUGCGUGUCUCUACCUGGUGUGUCGCACUGAGGGGACGCCACACAUGCUGCUGGACCUGAGUGACCUGCUGCAGGUCAACGUCUACAUCCUGGGAAAGACGUUCCUGCUGCUCGCUCGGGAGCUCUGCAUCAACGCUCCAGCAAUCGAUCCUUGUCUCUACAUCCCUCGUUUUGCUCACAUGAUGGAGUUCGGGGUGAGGACUCACGAGGUGUCCAUGACGGCUCUUCGUCUGGUCCAGAGGAUGAAGAGGGACUGGAUGCACACGGGGCGUCGACCCUCCGGCCUCUGUGGAGCAGCUCUCCUGGUCGCAGCUCGGAUGCAUAAGUUCCGUCGCACGGUGAAGGAUGUGAUCAGUGUGGUGAAGGUCUGUCAGACCACCCUGAGGAAGAGGUUGACAGAGUUUGAGGACACGCCCACCAGUCAGCUGACCAUCGAUGAGUUCAUGAGAGUAGAUCUGGAGCAGGAAUGUGACCCACCCUCCUUCACUGCUGGUCAGCACAAGACCAAGAUGCAGCAGCUGGAGCAGGAACUGACCAAGAAGCUGGACGAGGUGGAAGGAGAGAUCAGCUGCUACAAAGAGGAGAUUGAGACGGAGCUGGAGAAGAGUCGACCCAAACUGAGAGGGAUCUACUCCGCCUACGCCAAAGAGAUCGACCCAGAGGAAGCCGAGGGAUUGUCCGUGACCUCUGAACCAGAAGAGCCGGAGGUGGAAGAUGCCGAGCUCCAAGCUGCCACGCAGCAUCUGACCCAGGACUUCCUGUGUCAGGUGAUCCAGGAGGAGGAGGGGCGGGACAAAAGGACAGGAGACAGCAGCCACGAGGCGGGGCCAGAGAAAGAUGGUCUGGGGCCUCAGCACCAGGUCCUGCCUCAGCGCCAAGUCCCGUCCCUGGCCGUAAUCCUGGGGAAGCUGACGAGCUCCUGCAGCAUCGACCUCCAACCAACACUCCAGAACUUCAGCGAGUCCGAGGCGGGACACAAACCUGAUGGUGACCAGUCAGAGAGCGGAGUGCUGGACCUGGACGGCAUAGACGACCAGGAGAUUGAAAAGUACAUUCUGAACGAUACGGAGGUUGAGGUCAAGACGGAGCUGUGGAUGAAACAGAACGCAGAGUACCUGAGAGAGCAGAGAGAAAAAGAAGAGAAGAUAAAGAAAGAGAAAGAACAGGGGACAUAUAAAGAGAAGAAGAAGAAGAAGAGAUGCAAGAAGGGCGAGCAGAUCGAGGCGCUGACCGCAGGCGAGGCCAUCGAGAAGAUGUUAGAGAAGAAGAAGAUCUCCAGCAAGAUCAAUUACGACGUUCUCCGAGACCUGAACACCAGGGCGACGGGGAGUGGGGGGGGCAGCAGUCCCAGCAGAGCUGCCUCCGACCCCCCCGACCCCCCCAACUCCCAAUCACGGAAACCACUGAGCCGCCGCCGCCACAGGACCACUGAGGCCAACCAAGACCUAGCUGCUAACGCUAGCAUCAUGAGAAAGAGGUUUCGUCGCCUUAUUUCCUCCACAACGAAGAAGAAAAAGAAGAAGACGACUGUGUCUGAGGUAGAAAACUCUGUCACCAUGACGACACAAGCAGCAGCUGAGACGGCAGCUGAAUUGACCCCUGACCCCGUGCCCAGCUCCACCCCCACAGAGGCCCCUCCCACUGUGGAGGAGGAAGAGGAGGUAGAGGAGGAGUGUGUCAGCGCUCUGAAGCUCGUUGGAGAUUACGGCUGUGAGGACGAGGACCUUUUCUAGCUCCAUCACACGGACCUUUAUCCUUUGAGCUCUCCGUCCGGUUGGUGUGUGGAUGUGAGACGGAGGCAGCCUGUAGGGGGCGGUAAUGCACCUUGAUGUUGGUUACCAC